CAAGGUGAAAUGACGCUAUUGACAGUAGGUCUGUGCUACACUGGUGUCUUGUGAAUGUAACAGCCCCAACAGAUACCAUGUAUCUUAGCAAGGCUCUUGAACGACAUGAAAGGUCAACAUGUAAAUAUUGAUGAAGAUCAUUCUGGGCGCCAACAACUCAUCGACUCUCCAGACUGGAGGGAGCUCUCUACACCCGCAGGCCGUUGUUCCAAGCGCGUUGCCAGGAUAUCUACAUAACCCUGUUCUGAGUGCCAAUGUCAGUGUUCUAGAGGCUUCCAUCUAUCUGCCCUGAUGUCCCGGAAACGGAAGUUGUGGUUGCUAUGGCCUCUAGGAAUUAUGGGAUGUCUGAAUAUGUGCGUGUUGUUCGUUAUUCAAAUGAACACACCUCUUUUCUUCUUCAAGGAUCAGUACCCCGAGGAUAUCCAUGGUGGGACGGUUCAGAUCACCAGGAACCUGUCUCUCGUCAUAUACUCCGACGCCGGUCACAGAGUCUACCAAGCCGGCAACAUUACAGGCAACAUGACCGUCGUCACUGCCUACUUCGACAUCGGAGACUUCGUCAAGGGGAGACGACUCUUGCGGCGCCAGCUUUACGAACAGUGGGCUAGCUUCUACGGUCAAAUGUUUAACCCCAUGGUGAUUUACACGGAUUCAAGAAGGUUUUAUAACCACAUGAAAAAUGUUCGAAAAACCACAACCAGACUGACGAAAUUAUUUCUCGUCAAUAGGAAUAAUUUAUGGAGCUUUGACAUUAUCAGUAGAAUACAGAAAAUAUACAAGCAGGAGAAUUAUCCCCGUCAUUAUCCAAACACAGUGAAACCUGCGUAUUCCUCGGCUCAGCAUGCCAAAUUCGAGCUCCUUGCCGACACCUUAAAACAUGAUUUCUUUAAGACAAAAUUCUACUGCUGGUUGGACAUCGGGUAUUUCCGUGACGUCUACAAUCUGAAGGACCCAUUUGUGCUCAUAGCGCCGCCUGAUUUUAACUCGAGCCUCGUUGCCGUCACAGAGAUAGCGGAACCGGAAAUGAACCUUGACUUCAUCAACAUUGUACACAAUAAUAAAGUGUGGAUUGGUGGAGGGAUGUAUAUCGGCACUCGGGACAUUUUGCUGCAGCUCGAGAAGGAGUAUAAGACCGCGGUGCACUAUUUGUUGGAUCAAAAUUUGAUGAAUACCGAUCAGCAAGUGAUGUAUGUGUUGUUUUCGGAAUACGGAAGAGGCCUUUUCAAACCUGUCACACAACUGCAGCUUUACCCCGCAAACCAUAACUGGUACCGACUGGGGUAUUUGUCAUAUCGAAAAAUAAAAUAAUCAAUUUUUUUUUAAUUGAAAAAAAUAAUCUUUGUGUUACAAAACUGCCUCUUACAUAUAUGGAGGGUAACAGUUGCAGGGUAACAGUCCAGGGUAACAGUUGCCACAUUGCAUUAAAGAAUCCGGAAGGAAUUUCUGAGGUUUCUUUUUUUCAUAAAAUCAGACAUAGACAUUCACUCACACAUUCACACUCUGUGUAAAGUCCGUUUGAUUUCAUUUGAGACCUAUAAAUU